UAUAACAUGGUCACCAGACUUGCAGGUCUAAAAUAGGUGAACCGUGAGACAGUAAACAAAACCCAGCCAGAAAUGCAAAAAAUACACAGUCCGCUUCGUUUGCUUCGCUUCUGGAAAUGGAAAAGGAGAAAUUGAGAUGAAAUCCUACCAACACGCGAUUUCAAUUGCUAGCUCUUCUGGUCACGAGUUCCCUACUCCAAUUCCGUGCGCGCACAACUCUCCGUGAUCUACAGAGCAAAUGUUCAAAUGAUCGAUACUUCCUUUUGAAUUGAGGUCUAUUAAAAUACCAAAAAUAGUCGAUGUCCUGCGAAAACGAACAUUUCCACAGCCACGGAAGCCAUGGCGAUGACGGCCAUGAUCACGAUGAUCACGUGGCUCCUGAGGAAACAUACUCGUCACAACUGCUCAACCUGAAAAUCAACCUCUUCCAGGUGACCGCACUUAACCUAGCAAACCCACCGGAGGAGCUACCUAAAUUGUUUAAGCCCGCCCCACUUCGAUUCCAGCUUAAGCCUGUCAUCAAAUCCGAUGCAGAUGAGCAGCUCAUAGUCCAUAUACCCUUUUUGAAUGGCAGUGUCAAAUUGCACAGCGUUAUUCUACGCACCAACGGCGACAAGUACUGCCCUCGCACGAUAAAGCUCUUUAAAAACAACCGUAAUAUCGAUUUCGACAAUGUAAAUGACACGAAGGCAACGUUCACAUUGACACACCCCCAUGUCGGUGUUUCGCUUAAUGAUGACGGCGAGGACGAAGAGAUGCCUGAAGCAUUAGAGUCCACCGCCGAUUUCGUCGAGCAUCAUGUGCCCCGUCAUGUGUUCACGGGCGUCCAUACAUUGACGAUGUUUGUGGAAAAUAUACAUGGCGACGAGGAGGAAUGCCACUUUCACUCUGUAGAGUUGCGGGGCGAAUAUACCGAGCUUAGCAGGGACCCCGUAAUCACGAUCUACGAGCUGGCGGCUAACCCUGCGGAUCACAAGCGGGUCGAAGAGACGCUAUCCCUGAUGAACUUCUAGAGGGUGGCAGACAUAGUUUCAGAACGAAAUGAAGGAAGCCGAUAGUGGACAGAUUCAUACGUGCAUGUAGUUGUUUGAGCUCAGACAUGUUGAAAGUGACAGUCUGAUGGAUGAGUUGAUUUUCCUGAAUUCAGAUUCUCAGGUUCUGUAACUCAUCAGUCAAAAUUCUGGCUCGAACUUGCAGAAAAGGCAAUCCCGCAAGGUAGCUUUCAGAACAGACCCCUUGUGAUCACAAGAGGAGAUAUUGAAGCUGAAAGUGUCAUUUCCUUCCCACGUUCUUGUUGCCUCAUGGCUACAUUAUUGAUUUUGAAGAAGUUUUGCAGUUACUCAAAUGGUAUAUG